AUUAUUUUCCAACCCUAUUAUCAUGAACCAAGGUUAUAAAUUAUAAUCCUUAGUAAGUAAUAAGUCACUCGUUCUAAUUAGGAUUUAUAUACCUACAUCAAAAUAUGUUUAAAAGAGUACCUAAUCUACAGGAAACAGGUGAUUCUUAUUUUUAAAAAUAUGUAAUUAUCGCCACAGCCUACAGGACACUUCUUUAAUUGUAUAAGAAAUCAAAAUAACUGUACAUAAUAAUAUGGUUCUUAUCUAAACCUCCUUAAAAAUGUCAUAAAUCAAAAUUUGAAUACAUUUAAUAUUAACACAUUGACGGACAUGACUGCUAAUGCAGUUAUGCAAAUUACUGUAAUUUGGUAGUCACUCUGAUUGGGCAUAAUCCAUAGAUUUUUAUAUAAUUUUUUGAAUAUUUGAUUUUUUUUUUUUGCCCAAAUUGUUAGUAAGUCACAAUAGGACACUAGAUAAUUUCCAUUGUGGCGAAGCCACAAGAAACGCAACUGCUCUAGCAGUCAUGCCAUUUUACGACUUUUUAUAUAUAACUGCUAUACCAGUCAUGGUCAUAUUACAGCUUGAAUCAGGAUGACUGCUAUAGCGGUUACUGCCCGUCAACGUGAUAAAGGAAAAUUGGGGGGGGAGGAGAAGUAUAUUUGAUAAAUCGCCCUGUAUAGGUACAUUAUACAUAAACAUAAUAAUAUCAUUAUCUUGAUGAUAUUAUAUUAUACCAUAGGGACAUAGGACCUCCCCGCUAUGAUACACAUGCACGCACACACGCGAUAUUAAACCGAGGCGGCUGGGCCCCUGAGGCCUUACUGCGUAUUUUCGUACACCAGCGAAACUUGACAAUAAUAAUAUUGUAAGUAGUAGUACAUACUACAUGAGAAUAAUAAUGUCAUACUUGAGGGGGGCUUAAUUGGCCUCGUUAAGGUCGACGACGGGCGGUGUGCCACUGUGUCAGUGCGGCGCGCUAGUUUCCAUCCGACGCUCAGAGUUCCGACUCCGGCAAUCUGCCACUCUGGCAGUCCGACAGGUUACGCUCAGAUGAUCAGUGUUCACUGCUCACUGGCCACUGCUCACAACUCUUGACACUACGAAAGUAUACAGUUCAAUUGUCUAUAAAAAAAAUUAUUUAUGGUUCGGUCGCGUUAUGCGCUAGUGUGGUAGUGCUGUACGGUUAGAGGUGUAAAGACGUUCUACCCGUCUCAUACUCGCGCGUCCGCCGACUGUUGGUAGCCCGAGUGCCCGACAAGUCUGUGAUCGGUUGUACUUGAGACUACGUUGUCGAUACUUGUUUUUCUCUUCGGCUUUCUCUGUUUCUCGCGGGAUCGCAGAAUUCGGAUUUUUGGAUAAUACCUAAUUAAUAAUAAAUUGUUAUUAUUGAAUUAAGUUGAAUAUUUCAAUAUUGUUUUUUUAUUGCAAAUUGUUUAUUCGUUUGACGUCCCCAUCAACAUUGAAUACACGUAAUAUUAUCGUUUUGAACUGUAUUAUAAUAUACAUGACGAGAACUUUUAUUAUUUUAUAAAUAACAAUAACGUACCUACCUAUAUACGAUAAUCGCGUAAUAUUAUAUUCCGUGAUAAUACCGGUGUCACGUUACACUAAUCAGCAGUCGACGACUGCCGGUCGCCGCCGAGUCGAGUGCGGAGGAGUUUUAAUUACAAUAACAUAUUAUUAUUAUAUUAAUUAAUAUUAAUAGCGAAAAGCAAAAAAGUUAGGACUAUCAAUGAUUUGUUUGUUGCGCGUUAUCGAGGCCGAUAGGCUGAUGGAGAUAAAUCCGAUGAACUUUGUCCCCAGGUUGUGGCUUGAGCGGACACACAGAUAAAUGCGUUGACGACGAUGAGAAACCAGUUUCUGAUAGCCUAUGAUAAAAAAAUCGUAUUGAUGUGAACAAAAAGUUUCGAUUCUACUUCGAUUACGAAAUGGCGAUUUUCGACGUCAGAGAGCAGAACAAAGUCCAGGAUUCAGUAUCGGUGGUUGAGGACCAAGACCAAAUGGAGAAUCACGAUGAACCGCUUAGUAAAUUUAAGGUCGAAACGAAUAACCGAUUUUGGAGUGUUGGCUCUAAACUAGUGGUCUGUCGAAAGUUCAUCAACGAUAAGUUGGCAAAGUCUGAAGACGUCAACAGGAUUGCUUUCUAUAACAAACUCAAGUGCUUAGCUAAUAAUGAAAAAGUGACUAGUUCAUAUGAACUCAACAGACAAUUAAGUCAAGAGGAGGUAUUAUGGCAAAGCGAACUCAAAGACUUAAUAUGGUUAGAACUGCGUGCCAGGCUAACUGAUCGGACUAUAAUGAGUCAAGACAAGUAUCUGUGCGAAGAGAGAAAAAAUAUUUGUUAUCUCCUUGAUGAAAUUAUGAACUUCAGUUUUAGAUUUGAUCAAUUACAUUCAAAAACAUCACCAACUUGUGAAGAAUCGAAUAAUUGCUCAGAUGAAGAUGUUGGUCAAUGUUCAAGUCGCAGUGGAUGUCUUGGACUAUUUUGUUCUCGAUGUAUUGAACAACAAAAUCUAGCUCUCUGCCAAGUACAAAAACUUAUGGAACGAUUAGAGUAUGCUGAAUCUUUAUUUCCAUCUAGCCGAGCAUUUGCGGUACAAUAUCCUUUAUUUAAAAGUUCAGAAUUCACUAAUAGAGUUAAGGCAAUGUGUGUGUGGUACAAUAUGACAAAGAGACAGCGGUUGAUGUUGUUGAUUUUAGGCAGACAUUUAAUGAAAGAAGAAGAAGUGGAGUUGGAGCCAUUAAAUCAUUUGAUGGCAACUAGUAGUUGCAGUUCAGGUUCCCCCAGAAAUUUUGAAUUCAAAUUCAAAAGAUCUACUGCAAAUUAUCGUGAACCAAUAUCAUAUAAAGAUCUUGAUUUAUAUAACACCCAGCCUAUAGCUCAUCUAAGACAACAUUUUUUCCCUUACACAAUAGGAAUAAAUUCAUCUUGCUAUGCUUCUCAAACUUAUAGGCAAUUUAUUGCUGGUGUAUUAAAGACUAAGGGUUUAAGAAAAGCAUUAAAAUUUCUUGAUGAAUUAUACAAAAAUGUAUUGCGUAAAGCACAUUUAACUCUUAAAGAAGAAUCAACUGUGGAAGACGAUUCUAAACAUGAUGCACCUCAUGAUGAGGAAUUAUUGCGUUAUAGUUAUUGGAGUCAAGAAUCAAAAGAAUUGAACUUACCUUCAUAUAGAGCUACAUUUAUUUUUUUAUCUCGUAUUCCAUUGGAUCUUAUACAUGCUUAUCUUCGUAUGAGACUUGAUACUAGACCAGAAAAGCCUUCAAUAAUGAGCAUCAGACAAUUGACUUGCGAGCUAAAGGAAGGUUUAAUGUUGGCUGUAGUACACAGGAGACGUUUUGUUCGUCAUAUACAAUCAACAUUAUGGUCUGAUACAGAAAUUGGUAUGAAAAUAUUCAAAGAACGUAUAAGCCAUUUUGACGAGUGUACCAAAAUUGUUUUGGAAGUUUAUUUGGGGUAUAUGGAACAAUGGGUAGUAAUGAUGGGAUAUUGUAAAGCUCAAAAAAAUAUGCUGGAAGAAGAAUGGAAUGACAUGAAAGUUAUAAUUCCUCAUAUUCCAGAUGGUAUGACAACGGUCACAAAAACAUUUUGUGAAAUUGCCAAACACAUGUUGGAAACAAUAUUAAAACAUUUCAAGGACCAAACUCACAAUCAAAUAAAAAUGAUAGUACAAAAUGUUGAUCAUUCUCAAACCAAGCAAAACUUAUUAGCCAUAUGCAGAGAACUACAAAAUUUAUUAAGCUUAUUCAGAGAAAAAUCUUUUCUUGUGAUGUCAUUAGUUAAAAAUUUAUGCAAAGAUAUGAUUGAACAGUAUAAAAAGGAUAAAAUGAAUAAUGUGAAGUUUGAUGGUCCUUUAUCUCCAAUUUUAACUACAAUGAUACCUUUAAAAGAAAAAUUGUUGGAAGUUUGUCGGUGUAUUAUAGAAAUAAUUACAUCAUUAGAGGAAGCAGCUGAUACUUGUAACAGUGAUAUUGACGAUAUAACAUUAGCACCUCGUAUUCGAGAAGUCUUGCAUCAGAUGUAUAAAUUUGGAUUUGAGUAUCAUAAAGAAGCUAACAAAAUUAUGUGUGGUCCGUAUAAAGACCAAGCCACUCUCUACAACGUAUCUAUUUCAAAGCGUUGGAUAAAUUUUGUACACAAACGAUGUGAACCUGGUCGAGGUUUAAAGCCCAAAUGGGCAAAUAAUGGAGUAGAUUUUUUACUCAGCGUAUGUGAACCUCAGAACCUUGCUGGACUUAGUGAUGUGGAUUUUAAGAAUUUUAAGAUUUUGAUAGAAAAUUGUGUAGUAUAUAUUAUUGGAAAAUUGGACGAUGGUGGUUCGUUUUCAAACCCUAGUGUUAUACAAAAAAAGCGUCAUUCUUCUGCAAUUGAAGGGAGGAAUAAAAUUUUGAAGACUGAAAAAACUUUUAAAAGUGAUAUUGAGAGAAAUGUACGGGUCAUGGAUGCUAUUAAUAAACUAGAUCAUCAAUUAGAAGAGAAAUUGCGAUCUCAAGAGUUAAUUGGUCACAUUCGACACGAUUAUAAUAUCGAACGUAUUGAGUAUGUUCGUCCUCGUCCUGUACAUUUUAGUUGGCAACGGGGCAUAAAAAUCGGACAAGGUCGUUUUGGUAAGGUAUACACUGCCGUUAAUAAUGAAACUGGAGAACUGAUGGCUAUGAAAGAAAUACAAUUGCAACCAUUUGAUCACAAUGCCAUCAGAAAUGUAGCUGUUGAGUUAAGGAUAUUUGAAGGCAUCACUCAUGAACAUCUUGUUAGAUAUUAUGGCGUUGAAAUUCAUAGGGAGGAGAUGCUCAUAUUUAUGGAAUUGUGUGCUGAAGGGACAUUAGAAAAUUUAGUCGCAGCCACAGAAAGUGGACUACCAGAAGCUCUCUUACGUAGAUUUACUAAACAGUUGGUUAGUGGAGUGGACGUUUUACAUCAGCAUGCAAUCGUUCAUAGAGAUAUUAAAAGUGCAAACAUCUUUUUGACUGACGAAGGCAACUGUUUGAAAUUGGGCGAUUUUGGUUCUGCAGUAAAAAUGAAAGCGCAUACCACAGUUCCGGGAGAACUUAAAGGGUUUGUUGGAACACAAGCAUACAUGGCACCAGAAGUUUUUAUGAAAUCCAACACGGAAGGACAUGGUAGAGCCGCAGAUAUUUGGUCAAUAGGAUGUGUGAUAAUUGAAAUGGCUUCAGGCAAAAGACCGUGGCACGAGUAUGAUUCUAACUACCAAAUCAUGUUUAAAGUGGGCAUGGGAGUCUUACCAACUGUACCGGACACACUGUGUGAUGAGGGCCAACAGUUUGUCGACAGUUGUCUACAACAUGAUCCAUACUUAAGAGCGACUAUUUCAGAACUACAAGAACAUAACUUCAUCAAAGUUAUGCCUGAGGAGUGUGUUUCCUGUCGAAUAUCUUCAACUGCAAUGCUGGAGGAAUAUAUAAAAUUGGGUUUUAAACGAUAGCAUCCAGUAUUUUUUUAUAUUAUUUUAAUCCUAUACUGUAUACUUGAACAUUAUAUUCAUGUAACAUUUUAAUUAUUUACUCAUAUACACUUUGAGAUGUUUUGUUUUCUAUUAUAAAAUUUUUUUGCUAGUUUUACUAAAUCUAGGCUAUCAAAUACAUUGAUCUCACAAAAACGUGGUAAUAUUUUUUGUUAGGUCAAUGUAUAGUGAUGAUAGAUAACU